AGGACCAGGGCUGAGGGGUGGGGCGGGGCCCGGAGCCUCCACUUCCUCCUCCUCCCUUCCCACCCUGGCCCAUGGCUUCACCACCAUGAGACUCAGAAAGGGGAAAUUCUCGCGUUUAAAGUCCAGCAGGUGGAAGGUCAGGUCUGGGACACCUGGGUCCCUCGGCAGUGUCUGGAGACAUGAUGGGGACCGGAGGGAGCCUCGGGGCCUGGGGGAGCCUGGUGCUGUUGCCCCCAGCCCCGGCAAGAACCUGACUGCAGAGGCCCGGACCCCCAGCUCCAUCACCCUGCAGUGGCAGACGCCCCGUGGCCUGGACCGGAGGCACCACACCCCCUGGGGCCUGUGGACCGGACGGGAUGGCGGAACUGAGGCCGCACGCACGACCGACACCAGUUUCACGGUGGACCGACUUGGGCCCAGGUCUCUGCAUGAGUCUUCCGUGUGGGUGCAGCAGGAUGAGACCAACAGCUCCAAGCAGACUCUGCAAACCAGCACAGACCCCUAUCCCGUCAGGAACUUGAAGGUAGAGGCUCAGACCACCAGCUCCGUCACCCUGACCUGGGAGGAGCCAGAUGACCCUGACUUUCAGAACUACGUCUACUGGAUCCAGUGGACUGGGAGUGAGACGCAGAACACAACCACCACCAGCUUCGUGGUGGGCGGACUGCAACCCGGGUCCUUGUAUGGAUUUGCCGUGUGGGCAGAGAAAAAUGGAGUCGUCAGCUCCGCGACAGUUUGCAACGCCACCACAGUCCCCAACGCAGUGAUGAGCCUCAGUGUGCAGAAGCAGACCAACAGCUCCAUCACCUUGAGCUGGACAGCUCCCCAGGACCCAGAUCAUCCUCUCUACACCUACGGGGUCUCAUGGGUCAAGGAGAGCACCAGCGCCAUUAGCAUCCGGAACACCACAGAUACCGGGAUCAUACUAACAGAACUGGAAGCUGGGAGCUUGUACAUCGUCACCGUCUGGGCAGAGAGGAAUGAGGUCAGCAGUGACAACCAGACACUCACUGGAGCCACUGCUCCCAACACAGUCAUGGAUCUACACAAGGAAAACCAGACGAACAACUCAAUCAUCCUGCGGUGGAAGGUCCCCACAGACCCUCACUCUCAGCUCUACACGUACUGGGUCCAGUGGACCCCUGGGGGACAUCCCCAGGGACAGCAAGACCCCCAGGGACAUCAGACCAACCACACAGGCAGGACCAAUGACAGUUGGUAUGAGGUGCAGACCCUGGAACCCGGGACUCUGUACACCUUCAGGGUGUGGGCAGACAGGAACAACGUGACCAGUUAUGCGCAGAGCCUCCUUGCAUCCACAGCCCCGAGCCCAGUCACCAUCACCUCCUGCAUCAGCACCUCUGGGGGCCACGGGGUCAUCUUGACCUGGUCCUGCCCCGUGGGAGGCUACGAGGCCUUUGAGUUGCAGGUGGGUGGACAGCGGGACUGCCAGAAUGGAUCGUCCUGUGGGAGGGGCGUGUCUGUGUGGGAUCUCCAGCCAGCUCAGUCUUACCCAGCCACCGUCACCACCAUCUGGGAUGGAAUGAGGGCCCCGUCUGCCCCUGUGACCUGCCACACGGAGAAUGCAGGGGUCGUCGCUGGAGCCAUUGUCGGUGUGGUCCUGUUUCUCAUCCUGGUGGGCCUGCUGAUUUUCUUCCUGAAGAAGAGGCACAAGAAGAGCCAGAGGAAACCGGCACCCAAGGUUCUGGGCUCCAGCCUCCUGGAGAACAUCCCGGCACAAGACUUUGCUGCCCACGUGAGGAAGAACGAGAGGGAUGCCAAUGGCGGCUUCGCAAUGGAGUACCAGCGAUUGGCUCUGGAGGGCACCAAACAGUCACAAAUGGUGGCCUCAGCUCUCGAAAACAGUGCCAAGAACCGUUACCGAAAUGUGCUACCCUACGACUGGUCCCGGGUGUCCCUGAAGCCCCACCAGGAGGAACCAGGCUCCGACUACAUCAACGCCAGCUUCAUACCUGGUCUCUGGGGCCCCCGCGAGUUCAUUGCAGCCCAGGGCCCCCUGCCCCAGACGGUGGCUGACUUCUGGCGCCUGGUGUGGGAGCAGCAGAGCCGCACCCUGGUCAUGCUGACCAACUGUGUGGAGUCCGGCCGGGUGAAGUGUGAGUACUACUGGCCUCUAGACACCCAGCCAUGCACAUAUGGGCACCUACAAGUAGCCCUGGAGGGUGAGAAGGUGCUGGAGAACUGGACAGUACGAGACCUGAGGGUCCGGCACAUCCAAGAGCAGAAGACACUACGUGUACGUCAGUUCCACUACAUGACCUGGCCAGACCACGGCGUCCCCCACUCCCCAGACCCCUUGCUGGCCUUCCGGAAGAUGGUCCGGCAGUGGCUGGACCAGACCGUGGAGGGAGGCCCCCCCAUUGUGCACUGCAGUGCUGGCGUGGGCCGCACAGGCACCUUCAUUGCCCUGGAUGUCCUGCUGCGGCAGCUGGAGCAUGAGCGUUUUGUGGGAGCCUUCAGCUACGUGCGGAAGAUGAGGGAGAGCAGGCCUCUCAUGCUACAGACUGAGGCCCAGUACGUGUUCCUGCACCAGUGCAUCCUGCGGGGUCUCCAGCAGUCACCCCUAGCCCCAGCAGAGAAAGGGGCUUCGUACGAGAACCCGCUGUAUGAGCAUGUCUAAGCCACAAGAGACUUGAGACCCCAGUGGAGACUCAGACUCUGGAUCUCCACUUGAGCUCAGAUUCCUGGAGCCCUGGGAGAGCAGAGGGCUGGGGUCCCAGACACCUGAGUCUUGCCGGAGGAGGGGAGGCCUGGGUGUCUAAACUGUUUCCCUGGAGGACAGAGGGCAGGUGGGAGUGGGUAUCCUGGAUUCCUGGUCCCUUGGAGGAGGAGGGAAGGGAGCUAGGCUUUCCUAGUUCUUCGAGAGAGGAGGAGGCUGGAGGCCUAGGCUGCUGGAUUCUGGGGAAGGAAGAAAUUCGCGUCUGGAACUCUAGCUACCCCUGGUGCAAAGGCAGACAGGAUCCAUCCCAUUUUUUAUUCCAGAAACCAAAUCUGUCUUCUAGGAUCUGAGAUUUCCCUGCAUCCCACUGCGUGUACAUAUCUUUUUCUUCUAUCCCAUAAUUUAUUAAAUCACUAUUCUCCCCCA